AUGGAACAGGCGGAGAAGACCAAGGCCCUCCAACAGCAGAUUGAUCAGCUGAAAAACCAAGUUGACCAACUGCAGGCGUCCCUGGAUGAUGCCAAUAAAAAGUUGGAGGAACAAAACGAGCCCCUCCAACGGCUGAGCAAGGCGGAGACUGAAAAUGGCCGCCUUGCCAAAGAGAAUGAGCGCCUGCGCAAAGAGGCGGCUGCUGCCAAUGAGAACUUCAAGGCCACCUUGGAGUCGGAGCAGGAGAGGCUCAUUGAAGAGAAUGAGCAUGACUGUGCAAACCGGAUGCAACGGGCGUUUUCCUUCAUCCACCCGGAGGCGGACUUCACCGUCUGGGAACUCGCCUUCAAAUAUUCUAAUCUUGCCAUUCUGGCCGAGGAGGCGAAUAAGCCGGGGCCCGGAUCCUAUGACGCUUGGGUAAGGGAGGAGAUUGCGCGACGGCAGGCGGAGGCUGCUAAAGAGGAAGAAGUUGUUCCUGAAGCCGACGCAACCGCUCGCCCUGAUCCAACACAGAACCAACCGGAAGAGGACCGGUUCACUGUUCGCCUGGAGUAG